UAUAAUAGUAAUUAUACGAGAUAUCCGAAACAGGUGGAGGAUUUCACAGACCCCUCCCAGAACGUCGCGAGGGCUGUGGGCCCCACGGAGGUGAAGAGGAUAUACAAAUGCAUCAAUCUCUCCAUACGCCACGUUCUCGCCUUCAUUGACGGGAAGAUUGGAGGUGAAGAAGUGAAGGAACUCUUGUUUGGCCAAGAGGGCGCGCAGUUUUCCAGGAGAGGACAUAAUAAUAAACCUGCUAAUUUGAAGUGGGCUGGGAAAAGAAAGAAGCGGCGUUUUGAGGAGAAAAGUAUGGUGGAGCAGCGAAAAAAGGCACGGAUGUCUAGUGCAAACACAAAAAAUGAUGCUCAAGGCACAAUCGAAGAACCUUAUUGUGGUGACACAGUGAAAAGGGUAAAAACGGGAGGUGGAUGGGAAGAAUUAGCGAAAAGGGCAAAAACGGGAGGCGGAUGGGAAGAGAGUGGUGGUGGCUGCUGGGGAGGGAAAGCUGAGGAUGAUGCUGAAAAACAAGGCUGGGGAGGAGAAUGUUUAGGCUGUGGUAGAUGGUGUUUUGUGUUUACAUUGCUGCCUGUCUUGACACUGCUAUAUUAUGAAUGGCUUGCGAUG